AUGGAUCGUCCAGCAGUGACUGGUCCUAUGGAUUUGCCGAUUAUGCACGAUAGUGAUAGGUACGAGCUUGUUAAGGAUAUUGGGUCUGGUAAUUUUGGAGUUGCAAGAUUGAUGAGAGACAAGCAAAGUAACGAACUUGUUGCUGUUAAGUACAUCGAGAGAGGUGAGAAGAUAGAUGAAAAUGUGAAAAGGGAGAUAAUUAAUCACAGAUCCUUAAGACAUCCAAAUAUCGUAAGAUUCAAAGAGGUCAUAUUGACACCAACCCAUUUAGCUAUUGUUAUGGAGUAUGCAUCUGGAGGAGAACUCUUCGAGCGAAUCUGCAAUGCAGGACGAUUCAGCGAAGACGAGGCGAGGUUUUUCUUUCAGCAACUCAUAUCAGGAGUUAGUUAUUGUCAUGCUAUGCAAGUAUGUCACAGAGAUUUAAAGCUCGAGAAUACGUUAUUAGAUGGUAGCCCAGCUCCUCGUCUAAAGAUAUGUGAUUUCGGUUAUUCUAAGUCCUCGGUGUUACAUUCGCAGCCAAAAUCAACUGUUGGAACGCCUGCUUAUAUCGCUCCCGAGGUUUUACUAAAGAAAGAAUAUGAUGGAAAGGUUGCAGAUGUUUGGUCUUGUGGGGUAACUCUGUACGUUAUGCUGGUUGGAGCAUAUCCUUUCGAAGAUCCCGAGGAGCCAAAGAAUUUCAAGAAAACAAUACAUAGAAUCCUGAACGUUCAGUAUGCUAUUCCGGAUUAUGUUCACAUAUCUACCGAAUGUCGCCAUUUGAUCUCAAGAAUAUUUGUAGCUGAUCCUGCAAAGAGGAUAUCAAUUCCUGACAUAAGGAACCAUGAAUGGUUUCUGAAGAAUCUACCAGCAGAUCUCAUGAAUGAUAACGCAAUGAACAGUCAGUUUGAUGAAUCGGAUCAACCGGGUCAAAGUAUCGAAGAGAUCAUGCAGAUCAUUGCAGAAGCAACUGUUCCUCCUGCAGGCACUCAGAAUCUGAACCAUUAUCUCACAGGAAGCUUGGACUAUGAAGAUAUGGAGGAAGACCUAGAGAGCGACCUUGAUGAUCUUGACAUUGAUAGUAGCGGAGAGAUUGUGUACGCAAUGUGA